AGCGCUCCGUCGGGCCAGCAGUGGGUCCUCUGACAGUCUAGACUGGGCUCUGGGAAAGGAGCGUCCCCUGCUCUGCCCGGCGUGGGCUUCGGGGAAGAGCGAUCCCCGUUGUGCCUGGGCCGGCUUCCCCUUCCGAACGCUCUUGCUGUUCAUGGGGCGCCCCGCCCGCUUCGUCCUGGCCCGUCACGGUGCCCUGACACAGUGGGUCUAGAUCGUGCCUUUAUUUGUUCAGAGUCCUCCCCCAGUCUCUGCAUUCGCAGCGGCAUCGUUGGGACUGAACCCUUCGGCUUAGAUUACUGCCGCAGGGGCCACAUGCUCAAGGCCACGGGGAGAAAUCAGGACCUUUGAUAUUUAGAAAAACUAUGUUUAACUCUACUGAGAUCAAGUUUUCUGUGAAGUCGUUCAGUUGUUCUGGACCUGUGAAGUUCACCAUAGAGUGGCACUUGAAGUACCAUACCUGUCACAAUGAGUACCCUGAGCUGGAGGAGGAGCUGUCCCAAAAACAUGAACUUAAUGCUGAUGCGGACUUCUGUGCUUAUUUCAAGAACGUUGACUGUUGGACAACAAAAAGUGAAAACUUAGAUUGCAGCAGUGAUUUACAGGCAUUUCCCUCAUUAAAUAAUAAAGAGCUAACAGGUAGCAGAAAUGUUUCAAGCCAAGAAGGAGCAACGGAUGUUGUAGCCAGGACCCAGAAAGAUGGCUUCCAUAUUUUCAUCGUGUCUAUUAAAACGGAAAAAACAGAUGCAGUCUGGGAUUUGAAUGUUUCUCUUUCUAUGGUGGGGCCUCAUGGAUAUAUCUCUGCAUCAGACUGGCCUCUAAUGAUUUUUUACAUGGUGAUGUGUAUUGUUUACAUAUUAUAUGGUGUCCUCUGGCUGAUGUGGUCCGCCUGUUACUGGAAAGAUAUAUUAAGAAUCCAGUUCUGGAUUGCAGCUGUUAUUUUCCUAGGAAUGCUUGAGAAAGCAGUUUUUUAUAGUGAAUACCAAAACAUCAACAGCACUGGACUGUCAACCCAAGGUUUACUGAUAUUUGCGGAGUUGAUAUCUGCAGUUAAGAGGACAUUGGCUCGCCUGCUUGUGAUCAUUGUGAGCUUGGGCUAUGGCAUUGUGAAGCCCCGGUUAGGAACAGUCAUGCACCGGGUGAUUGGACUGGGACUGCUGUACUUGGUCUUUGCGGCUGUCGAAGGCGCCAUGAGAGUCCUCGGGGCGAAUGACUCUGAUCUCGUUCUUCUGGCCAGCCUGCCUCUCUCUCUCCUUGACUCGGGCUUGUGCUGGUGGAUUUUUAUAAGUUUGGCACAGACUAUGAAGACUCUAAGGCUAAGAAAGAACACAGUGAAAUUUUCAUUAUAUAGGCAUUUUACAAAUACACUCAUCUUUGCUGUUCUGGCUUCUAUAGUGUUUAUGGUGUGGACAACAAAGACCUUCAGGAUUGCAAAAUGCCAAUCAGAUUGGAUGGAGCUCUGGGUUGAUGAUGCGUUUUGGAGCUUUCUCUUUUCACUCAUCCUUAUUGUGAUAAUGUUCUUAUGGAGGCCAUCGGCAAAUAAUCAGAGGUAUGCUUUCAUGCCCUUGAUAGAUGAUUCUGAUGAUGAAGUCGAGGAAUUCAUGGUAACAUCUGAAAAUUUAACUGAAGGAAUAAAACUAAGAGCCUCAAAAGCGGUUUCAAACGGAACAGCUAAGCCUACUUCUGAUAAUUUUGAUGAAGAUUUGAAGUGGGUGGAAGAAAAUAUUCCCUCUUCAUUCACAGAUGUAGCUCUCCCAGUGUUAGUGGACUCAGAUGAGGAAAUUAUGACCAGAUCUGAAAUAGCUGAAAAAAUGUUCUCUUCAGAAAAGAUAAUGUGACUGGGACCUGCAGUCGAGUGAUGGGAAAAGCCUGUCUCAUCAAAACUGACGGCUUCGCUAGGAUACAUGUUUUACUGUAUUGUCUUGGAGGGCUGUGUAUGCAGAUAAAGAAUUCAGGUGUGGGAGGGUCUGCCACCCUCAUAAAGCCAUCUUUAAAACUGA